AUGGAUAUCGACCCAGCUAGACGCAACAAGAAGCCGCGUCUCCUCUUGGAGUCCGAGCGCGAGAAACUAGAUGAGUUUGUGGACUCAAUUCAUUAUUCGGCCAGGUACAAUGACGACAAAUUUGAAUACCGCCAUGUCCAGCUUCCGAAGAACAUGCUUAAGAAAAUUCCUACGGACUACUUUGAUAGCUCCAAGGGGACAUUGAAAUUGCUUUGGGAGGAGGAAUGGCGCGCAUUGGGUAUCACACAGAGCUUGGGAUGGGAGCAUUACGAGGUGCAUGAGCCAGAGCCUCAUAUCUUAUUGUUCAAGUUGGUACUGUCCAGUUAUGCCUCUGAGCCUCUCGCUGACCCGUUGAUAGACGCCCCCUCAAUUAUCAACCUCCUCUUCAACAAUAAAUUACUGGUUGCUGGCGUUACCCAAGACAUUUGA